AAAAUGUCCAUAGCUCCACCUACCUCAUGUUCCAACACUAGAACUGAAGAGACCUUUGGAUAGGUAGUGUGAACCUGGAGCAUUCAGAAUGGAUCCUGGAAAAUAGCGAACCUGCUUCAGACAGUGUGUGUAACGGCUCACAGUCCUACAUCCACCUCAAGAGACCUGCUUCUAACAACCUUAAACAAAUGCAGACAAAACCACACGUUACAGAGCAGAUAAGGUUCUUAUACCCUGAGGACUCACUGCUCCUGGCUCUCUCAGAGGAGCUUAAGGACUUGGAACUUCACUCAUUGGAAAGAAUUGAGAAGGAUAUUAGAACAGCUCUUGACACCUCCCGCAGAGGGACCAUCCACCAAUCAGAGCUGACCUACCUGUUCCUCAGGUGGAAGGUGCCUCUCAGGUUGCCCACCCUGGCAUCUCUCAUGAAGACCUUCUCUAGCUCCACCCACCCUGAGCAGGUGCUUUAUAAGGAGCUGCUGCAGUUCAUACAGAAAUUGAUUCAAAAUCAGGAGUUACGGGGAGGAGAUUCUGAGAUGACAGUGGAUCAGACUGGAACAUCUGGAUCUACAUCCAGAUCCUACAAAGAUGCAGCGCUCGCUAAUCUACCAGCAGACUUCCACAAACAGCCCCCUGUUGACUCUGCUAUGUCGCAGCUGAUUGGUUCUCUCAAAAAUCUACUGGCCUGUCACCCUGAGGGACUGACCCUGAAUCAGACCCGCAGAUUCUGUCCACAACUCCUCAAUCAAGACGUGCUUAAAGACUACCCGUCUGUCCGCCACCUGCUGCAGUCCAUGCCCAAGGUCGUCCGGUUGGAGGGGAUUGGCGUCCAGACCCGCGUCCUCCUUGCUCUCCCUUAGAGGUGAUGGGAGAUGUUGACCCUUGAUGUUUACCAGCAGUUCCUUCCUCUGGUAGCUGCCUCUUUUUACUCAGGAGAUGGAGAUGCACUGACAGAGAAACUGGCACCCACUACACUUACCAAAUUCCAUUAUAGAUGAAGCCCAUUUGGUUCCUUUAAUAACUUUGUUUAGAUAUGUUAGUAUUUCUUAAAAACAAUUGAGUUUUUUUCAAGCUUUAAAAAGGAUCUUCACACAUGGUUAUACGCAAGUAUGGUUCCUGAAGGAACCUAAAGCUUAACGAUGAGGCUAUGAUGUAUUUCACUCAGGCUAUUUGCUGUAAUUUGGGGACAUUACACAGAUUUUAUCUCAUACAAUUAGUCAGUCAGUCAAAUCACAGUAAUAAAAUCAGCAGACUUUCCCUGCUAUGACAUUUCCGACGUCAUUCCCCCCAGGCUACAUUAGAUUAGCUGACUGUUCUCUAUGUUGUAAGCUGUAAGAGCAAGCCUUGUUUUCUGAGCUGCUAAUUGAUUGUUAGUUGUAUACUAUACUGUUCAUUCCUUUAUAUUUUAUUCCCAAGGUAUUUAACAUUUAUAUUUUAUUUAAAUGAAAAAAAUAAAAAUACAAGAGCAAAAGCAAAACUAUAUAUUUUUUUACCUGGCAAUAAAAUUUAUAAAAGAAAUUGUAUUAUUUUAAUCUGUAGGCAGAAUAACUUUUAAAUUUAAGUAAAAAAUACUGAAAUAAGUUGAAGUAAUUCAGUGUCUCAAUUUAUUUAGGUAAAUUCAACUUAUCCAGACUUAAAAUGUAUUAUUAUUGUAUAGUUAUAGGUCAAGCUGCCUAAAUAAACUAUUAAGCUAUAUAGUAUUUUUGAUAGAAUAAAAAAAGCACACAGAGAAUGCUCCCAGCAGAAGUAUAUUCAGAAAUGUACAAAGCUAUUUAUAUAGCAUAAAUCACUAUAGCAGUGUAUGUCCUGGUGAAUAUAAGGUAAUUGAGGGUUACCCAUUGGUAAGACUCAAGCAAAUAAUAACAGUAAGAUCAGAUUAUAUCUUCUAAUAUAGAUUAUAAAACAGAUUUAUUAUAAAAUACACUUGAAAAACUUUACAUGCUCAGAGUCGUUAAGUAGCACAUGUUGGUGAUUACAACAAUAUUAGAUUCCUUAAAGUGCCACAACAAACUACACAGAACUAGAAAUCACUGGAUUAAUUUAAAGCCAUAUCACAUUAGAGUAAACAAUGCAAUAUCAAAUCAAAUAGUAAUUGUUCUUUAUUUUUUCGAAUACAUUUUUUCGAAUAAAUUAUUUAGUUUGCAGAACAUUCAGUGCAUCCCUAUUUUUUUUUAUCAGAUUUCAUCAGAAACUCUGUUAGUUAUAAACAAUAAUUAAUAAUUGCUCUUAAAGAGGCACUAAACUAUUUUUUUUUUAUUAAUAGCUGAAUUGUGUUCCAGUGAAGUAAUUAAACAUACCAGUCCUGCUUAAAAUCUUUAUAAAUAUUUCCUAACCGUUGAAAAACGGUUUUAUUUCGGUCGUUUCCGCCUCUGCAGCGCCCUCACAGGCUCAACUGUGCUAUAGGCAAGGAUGAUGUUUCAGUCAAUCAAUAAUACCGCUCCCUGGUGACGUCCAUCCAUCUGGUCUCGCCGCUAUCAAAGGCACACUGCUUAGAGACCAAUCAGCUCUCCCUCCUGCCCCGCCUCUAAACCCAUACAUCACCCAUCACUCCUCCCAUUUUUCAGCAUUUUUCAAAUUUGAGCUGAGGGUGGAGUCAAUCAGGGAAUUUUGUUACCAUGCAGUUGAGGAAUAUGCAGUUAAUUCCAUGCAGUUGAAGAAUAGGCUACAAUACAAACUGUUACUCUAAGCACUCUAUGGUGUAGUACCAGCAUUUGACCACUAGAUGUACAUCUUAUUACACAACAUAGAGUGACCAGCAAAACAGCCAUAACAUUAAAACCACUGCAAGGUAAAAUAUGUAACUUACAAUGGCACCUAUCAAAAGGUGGGAUAUACAUAUUAGGCAUAAUUCCAAGUGGAUCACAGGAGAAAUAAAAUAAUAAUAAUAAUAAUAAUAAUAUAAAACAUUCCAGUAAAUUUAAAACCAGCAGCUUUUAGACGACUACUUAUGUAAAAGCUGGUACUAAUAUCAUUUCAGGAUCAGCCUCUUAAAAAUGUAUCAAUCACUAAUUGAUAGUGUUCUUUAAAUAAGUCUUUUUACAAAUUUACUUAGAGAAAGUUGUAUAUAUAUACACUCUAAGAAAUAUAAGUACAGAUUUGUACUUAAAAGAGUACAAAGCUUGUCGCUGGGGCUGUACCUUAUAUUGAGGCACAAAAAAGUACCUUUCAGUGAAAGUCCUUUUUUGUACCCAUGGUUUUUGUGGCAGUAAAGAUCAUAAAGAUUAUAAACAUUAUCAUCAACUAAAUAUGGCUCAAAAACUUGAUGAUACAAAAUUGUCUGGCUUUCAAAUAAAAAAUGUGCAAUUUAAAUAUAUAUUGUUCAUUAGUACAGUGAUGCAGAAUACUGAAUGUACCCUUUGGCUGGUUAAAUGGUACAAAUUUGUACUUAUUGCUGUUAGAAAUUACUUUGUACUUCAGAGGGAACAAAUCUGACCCCGUAAAGACCAAUAUUAUACCUUUGAGGGUACAAUUAUAAAGAGUGUACCUUCGAGUACAAAAAAGUACUCAUAUCGUACCUCUGUUUUUUAGAGUGUAAUGUAUAUAAGGUUUUUAACUUUUAGCUUUUUUAAGCUGAUCUGGGGCCAGUUUUUAAUGUACCUCAUUCCUCUAAAGCUAUUUGAUUGAGAUGCUGGAUCUGAACACAUGACUGUGGAUUUUUUUUCAAUUAAUGUUCUUUUAUUGAACAUUUUUAAUUAAAAAUAAAUUCUAUAUGGUUGUAAAGUAUAUUAUAUUAAGUAAAUGUAUUGUUUUGUUGUCUACAAUCAAACAAAACCUAGACCUGAAAAUUAUUUUUGUACAUUUAAAUAAAUAUGAAUUGUAUGUGUCAUUGCAUAGUUCCAUUUAUUAAAAGUGUUUGUAAUUAUUUUAAUAAACAUCUUGUGUUUUGGACUUAUGAAGUAUAUGAUUAAAUAAAAAUACAUAAAUACAACAAAA